AUGAUGCACGAAAUCAUCGACAACCCUCUGACAGAGGCUGAGAUCGUCACCUCCGAGACAUCCAUGAACGCACAGACUGACCCACCCAGCAAGAAGCGUAAGAACACGCAAGCAGCAGAUGGGAUCAAAAAGCCCAAAGUCCAAGAAAACCGCGCAAUCUACGUCAGCAACCUCCCCCGCGACACAAACGAGACCGAAAUCGAAGACGAGUUCAAGAAAUACGGCAUCAUCGACCAGGGCGCCGACGGCAACAAGCGCAUCAAGAUGUACAAGGAUGAAGCCGGGAACUUCAACGGCGACGCGCUGAUCGUGUACUUCAAGAAGGACAGCGUCGACCUGGCCAUCCGGAUGAUGGACGAGUACUACUUCCGAAUCGAGGACCAGUCGCAAGGCGUGAUACACGUGAAGGAAGCAGACUUCAGCUACAAGAAGCACAAGGACGGGGACGAGAUCAAAAAUCAGCUGUCGCGGAAGGACAAGAAGGCGAGCGAGCGAAACCGGGCCGAGUUGAACCGCAAACUCGCGGAGUGGUCCGACAACGAAGAAGAAGUGGCCGAAGCCUUUGCGCCCAAGAAGAACAAAUGGGCCAAGGUAUGUAUUCUGCGGUACGCAUUCACGCUUGCCGAGCUCGACGAAGACGACGCCGCGAUCCUUGAGAUCAAGGAGGACAUACGCGAGGAAGCCGAGACGUUCGGCGACGUCACAAAUGUCACGCUGUAUGACAAGGAGGCGGAUGGCAUCAUCGCGGUGCGGUUCAAAGAGUUUGAGGGCGCGGAGAAGUUCAAGGAGGCAAUCCACGGCAGGCAUUUUGGGGGGAGGAAGCUUGAGGUCACGCUCGCAGAAGAUAAGCCGAGAUUCAAGAAGAGCGCAAGGGGCGAGGAGCCAGAUAGUGACGAGGAAGAGCGCAACCUCGACCGGCUUGCGAGGCAGCAAUAG